AUGCUAUAUUGCAAACGUCAUAUUAAUGCACAGCUUAGGGUGGUGUCAGUAAUAGAACAUGUCAACAAAGCUGUACUUGAUGAAGACUCUGACACUCUAAUGGCGUUACUAAAACACUCUUGUUUGAAGUUAGGAGCACCCUUACGAAAAGAAGAAAGUCAUUUGUAUUUACGUAUGUUAAAAAAGAUCCUUGUUCAAAAGGAAUCACAAAAUCUUUGGCUUGAAGAUAUUGUACAAGUUGUUCAAGAAGUUAAUUCAGAAUCUCAAAAUGUCAAGGAGCUCACUGAAUCGCUCGUUCAGUUAAACUUGGCAAUCAUCAAAAAUGAUGUAGAAGAGUUUUGGAAUGCCCUAAGCCACCCUGUUCUGUCGACCUCCGGAAUGCUUGAAAGCUCCUGCAAAGAUGUCUAUUUUCAAAUGUUUUAUAAGGCUUUAAAGAAAAAAGGUCACAAUAUUUGUCCAUGGAUUGUUUGUCAUACAAAUGCUGGUAAUACAGUGUACAUAGAUGUAGAAUCAUACACUUAUUGCUGGUCCACACCCAAAGACUUUGUUCCUUAUGCUCGCUAUUUAACAAGGAAAGAUGUAAACAGUAUAAUUGAGAAAACCAACAAACAUCAUGUUAAUAAAUACAUGCAGAUGGUUAUAGAAAAUGCAGUGAUUAAACUUCAAGCUUAUUGCAGAGGAUACUUGAUAAGAAAAGCUCUCUCGGAAAGGCUAGAAUUUUUUGAACAAAAUGAGCAGUACAUAGUGAAAAUCCAAGCUUGGUGGAGAAGGGUCGUCAUAGAGAGAAAAUAUGGAACUUUAAUAAAAAUGAAGGCUAUUGAAGCCAAAUUAAAGAGGGAAAGAAAGCAAAAUCCAUUGGCGUGGUAUAAAGUACAGGAACCAAAAAUUAUAAAAAUUCAAGCUCUCUGGAGAGGACGUCGCGCGCGCGAAGCCUUUACGUCCUUGUUUUACUCCAACAACCCCCCACUAAAAGUAGUUAAAAAAUUCAUACCAAUGUUAGAUUUUUCUACUGAAGAUUACGACAGAGAAAUAGAGUUACAAACUCUGAAAUCAGAAGUGGUCCAGUCAAUAAGAAAAAAUCAGGAACUCUCGAAACAAUUAGAUGAUAUGGAUUUGAAAAUUGGCCUACUCGUCCAGAACCGCAUUGCUUUGCAAGAAGUAGCCGCCCAUGGACUUAAGUUAAAUAAUUUAGUGAAACACAACUCUAUGACGAAACUUGUUCUAGAAAAACACCCUGAUGGUAAAGGCACGCUUAUGACAGUGUCUACAGCUGUAAAAGGGUUAAAAUCACUUACCAAAGAAAGUAAAAGGCUUUUGGAUGGAUACCAACAUCUUUUCUACGAAUUACAAACAAAUCCCACUUAUUUGUCAAAGCUACUUUUUUGUAUACCACAGAAUAAAACUAAUUUCUUCUUACAAAAUGUAGUGUUAAGUUUAUACAAUUUUGGCGCAUAUGCUAGGGAUGAAUACUUGUUGCUGAAAUUAUUUAGAUUUACCUUAGAGGAGGAGAUAAGUUGUAAAGUCGUCAAACCCUUCGAUAUAAUCUCAUCGACGCCAUUGGUCCUCAAAAUGGCUGUAAGUCUAUCAAGACAACUGUCUGGAUUAAACAGCCUACAAACUAUAAUUGGACCAUUAGUGAACAAAAUGCUUCAAGAUAAAAACCUAAACAUUGAAACUGGACCUGUGGAGAUUUAUAAAGCUUGGAGGAAUGAAACUGAAAUGAAGACAGGACAAAUUUCAAAAUUGCCUUACACUGUGAGUCAAGAAGAAGCUCUAACUUAUCCUGAAGUAAAAUCCCGACUUGAGAAAGCUCUAACUCAACUCAAAACUAUAGUCACCAUGUUUUUAGACGAAAUCAUAAAUUCAACAGAACUUUUACCCUUUUGUAUAACUUAUAUGGCGAGAGUGUUACACAGAGCUCUGUCCUCGAAAUUUCCACACACACCUGAUAAAGACAUUCUGAAGGUUAUAGGAAAUCUCGUCUAUUACCAGUUCUUAAAUGCAGCAAUUGUAGCACCUGACGCAUUUCAUAUUAUCAAUUUACCUAAUGGCACUGGGCUUACGACUGAUCAACGAAAAAAUUUAGCAUCGGUCGCGAAAAUUCUACACUUCUCUGCUGCAAAGAAAGGAGAAAUUGUCGAUACGCACGCGCUGCUGAUCGAGUACCAAGACAUAAUAGCGCCGGACCCUCGUGAUAGGCUGAAUGAGCUGUUGGAUGAUUUGGGAGAAGUACCAACCGUCGCACAACUUGCUUCCAGAGAUGUUGAUACGCAAAUGGGAGAUACUACUGAAGAAAAUGCAAGGCUAGAAGUAUGCCUUGCUCUUACAAAUAAAUUCCAAGCACCUUCUGAUAAUUUGACUGAUUUAAACAAACUAUUCAUCAAAACGAAGGAGUUAUGCGUGUCUAUUAUUCCAUUUUUAAAUGGCAAAUACAGACAGGCUCAAAGAAGAGCUUUAGCAACCCUGACGCGCACAAAACAAAGUUUGCAGGAAAAAACCAAGUAUUAUGAAGAGAAAUGCCAUUCUUAUGAUCAGUAUAUUAAGUCAUGCCUCGCAAAUCUUCAUACUGGCAAGAAGAGUGUUCAUGCAUGCCUUAGAAGAUCGGGGAAAGACGUCCAAAAAUUGAAAUCGAAGUUAACAGUUAAGUAUUCAGGCGCGAAACUAUUAGAAAGAGGUGUACUUCUAGAAAUCGAUGGACUGUCGCCGUCUCAGUUCAAAAACGUUCAAUUUGACAUCACUCCAACUGAUCAUAAUGGAGUAUUUACCAUAAAGGGUAAAUUCAUGGGAGUUGAAAUGGAAUCUGUUGAAGUGGACAUACAAGAUCUGCUUCAAAAGCAAUACGAGGGUUGUGCUGUUAUGGACAUGUUUGGAAAAGCGAAAAUUAAUUGCUCCUGGCCAGAUAUUAAAACGCCGUAUAAUGAAUCCCAAUUACUCAAAGCCUUCAUCUUUGCUGAUCCACAUUUGUUAGGCCCACGUAAGGGUCAUUGGUUGGAUAAAUGGAGAAGAGAGUGGCAGAUGCACCAGGCAUUUCAGUCUAUUAUUCUAUUACAUAGACCAGAAGCUAUAUUUGUAUUGGGAGAUCUUUUCGACGAAGGCGAGUUUAGCACUGAUAGGCAGUUUGCAGGCUAUGUAGCACGCUUCCACGAACUGUUCCCAGUGCCUGCUGAUACGCAGAUGCAUGUAGUUGCCGGAAACCAUGAUAUAGGCAUGCACGAUUACAUAUCAAGACAUUCAGAUCAACGUUUUAAGAAAUAUUUCAAUACAACAUCAGUCCAGUUUAUGACUAUAAAAGAUAACCAUUUUGUUCUUAUAAAUUCAAUGUCAAUGAAUGGCGAUUCUUGCGAUCUAUGCACUCAAGCUAGAAAUCAUAUACUAAAAGUGGCAGGAAUAUUCAAAUGUGCGCAAGAUCCGAAAUUUUGUUACGAUGGCAUCAAAAAAAUUGAGUUUAGCAAACCAAUUCUUAUGCAGCAUUUCCCGCUGUACAGAAAGUCAGACGCUGUUUGCACAGAUCCAGACGCGCCGCCUUUACCCGAACGAAAUUACGAAUUUAUUCCGAGAUAUCACGCUCUAUCUAAAGAAGGUACGGAUUUCCUAGUCACUAGAGUGAAGCCUAAGGUCGUUUUUGGCGGGCACACUCAUCAUGGAUGUCUACAACACCAUGUAUAUGAGAAGCCAGAACAUUUUGAGUUCGAAGAAUAUUCGGUACCGUCAUUUUCCUGGAGAAAUAGACCCAAUCCAAAGUUCAUGUUGGUGUCGAUAACGCCAAAUGAUUAUGCAGUGCAUAAAUGUGAACUACCAAAGGAAACUACCAUAGUAAUAACAGGUAUCAUUAUGCUUUUCGUCGUUAUAUGGUUGACUAAACAACGAAAAUUUAUUGGAAGAUAAGUAUGCGGGUUUAGUAUUAUAAGUAAAACAAAAACUUUGUAAAUUAAUCUCAUGAUUAUAUUUGACAAUAAAUAUUUUGACAAGAUAGAGCACUUUGUACAAUUAGCAACCGAACAGUUUUCCUUUUCAGUUGUUACAUUACAGACCUAGGUACAAUUACAUUUUAACAAAUUAUCACAAAGACCUAUCUGCUAACAUUAAAAUAAUUCAGCCGCCCACAAUAAGUUAUAAAUACAUUAUGAAAGCACAAUAGAGGUAGAUAAAACAUAGAGAUUCUUUCAUCAACUUAAAACAACGAAUACUGAUAUUGGUAAUGUAAUUGGGAAGGUUCUUUUUAAUACAGUGAAAACUAAACACAUUAUUAAUUGUUUAAAAAAGUAAGUGGAUGAGCAACCUUAACAUAGUAUGUUGUAUAUUGUACUUUUUUCACAUAACAAUGUUAUAAACUAUCAUUCGCUGUAGUACCUAACACUUAAAACUAAGAUCAGUCUAUGAAACUCUAAAAUGAGUCUUACAAUUCGAAGGUACAUAGUCUACUGAGCAUUGUCACUUAUCAGUACACAUUACAUAAUUCCGUAUCCAAGUUACCAAAUAAAGGCACUUUACGACAAAUUAAAUAUCUAAGGCCGCGUUUAAAUUAUUUUCACCUAAUUCUACUACAGUCCUCUCAGGGAAGCAUGGCCUCGUGUAAGCGCCAUAUACAGGCUGAGGAAAUAGUUGAAAGAGGCAGUGUCCCAUACAUCUAAGCAUGUACUAGUACAGUACAUAACAGUCAAACAAUUGAAUAUCUUAAUACUAGCGUGAAAUACUGGGUUAAGUUAAUUCAGUUAUUUGAUUACAAAAGUAACAAGUCUCUCACAGAUCUAUUGUUUGGAGAAUUUCAAAGCUUGCAGAGAUUGUCUUUCCUUUGAUCAGGAAUAUUUCGAAUAAGGGGUAAACAUUUUCAAUGUUUAUGUGAGACAUAUAUCUCGCGUUUUGUUACUUAUUUUUAAAGUUUCUUUCAAACAGCUCUUGGUAACUCAUCAAUAAAAUUAGAAUCUUAGAAUAAAACAGACUCAACAUGUGAGCAGGACAAAACCGUGGCCGGUGAUGCCCUUCCUUAUGUUCUAUAAGAAUAUAAUUUGUAAUACUCUAGGUUGUUGCGUGGCGGGGGCCUGGUGGGGCAAGUCGUGCGAGCGAGAGCGCGCGUGGUGCGCGUGCGGGGCCCUGCCGGGGCGCGGCAUCUGAUUCUGCUUCUGAUGGUAUCCCGUGUUCGCAUGUCGUGCCGACGAGCAAAUCACCGCAUGCAGGUAACGGUCAUACCUACAUAGAUGUGAAUCGCCGCCGCUUGCUAGAUCUAAGUAUCCGUUGCCAGAAUUAUCAGAUUUCUUCUUUUGGAAUGCAUUUAUUGGCUUCUCACUGACCGUGUAAGAUCUGUUUCGAAGUUUCUGGUAUUUGUUCGUAACUUCUUCUUCAAUAGUAACAGGUUCACAGGGCUUUCUGUAAUUGAAAUAAAAUAGUAGUGAGAUAUACGAUACGAUGCUAAAAUCUGACUGUAAAACAUUUAUAGAACAACAAAUGCGGUCUACAUAAAGUAUAGACAAGGUAAAAAAAUACACACACCUUGAAGCUUGAAAGCUCAUAUGGUUUUUUUCCAUGUUAGCUUGAAUUAUUUCCAAUAAUUCGCGUCUUUGUAAACUUCCAGAACGUUUCUUAGUGUGUUUUCGCUCCCGAUGUUCUCUGCGAGGUUGACGAUGGGCUCGCGAUUGUACGUAAGAAGUUUGUCUUGGAGAUCUGUGGGCAGGCCUUCUGUCUCCCGAACAUGACGAUUUGGAAGAAACGUCGUCGUCAGGAGACAAUCUCCCUCUUUGCUCAUCUUCGCUAUGUUCAAUGCAGUCAGGAGGCGACGCGUUAGCGGUUGUAGAACAUUCUCUACGUCUAUGCCGCCGGGCUUCUCGCCUUUCACGAUGACUUCUACAAUUACCGUCUUCUGGCACAACUGUUAACCGCACUUGUAUUGUCUUUGACCCAUAAUGUGGCACUGUCACUGAUUUCCCGAUAGAUUCGUAGAUUGUAGACACGAUACCAGCUAUAUCCUGUAAAUAUUACAUUGUGGUUAAUUAAAUGUUCUCUUAAUAAAAAUAUAUUCUUGCAACAUUUUACCAGAGACAUUUUAAAUUAAGUACUUACGUCCUUGGUCAUACGUCCGUGCCCGUCUAAAUCAUAUAGGGUAAAGGAGAACUGCAGCGGUUGCUGUUUGGAGUGUUCAGGAUGCUGCAGUUCCACAUCACAUGUCAGCUCCUGGAAUCGUAAUCUGGGGUGUUUUUCAUCAUUUUUUUCUGCC